AUGGCUUCGAAAAAAUUAAGCGGAUCUGCGAACCGUAAACGAAAACUUCGAUGGGAGGAAGAAGAAAGUAAAUCUGCAAAAUCGCUUGCUGCUUUCUUUAAGCCGCAAAGUGAUUGUAACUCUAACUUCUCACAAAAUGUUACUACAAACCUAACAUCUGAAAUAAAUAAAGAAAAUUCCAUUCACGAAUGUAGUACAGCAUCAAAUGCCGAAAUGCAUAUUAUCUCUGAUAAUUUAGAUUCUCAAGAGUCGAAUUUAAAAAUUGUGGUAGAGGAACCAGUUGCUUCGUCUUCUUCAGGUAGCAUUGCAGUUAACGAUCCGAUCAUUAACUAUGGCGAUCCGGCAUUUUGGCCUUUUCCGCUUAGUUUGGUAGAAUUACUAGGAAAAUAUGACGUCACUAUGCAUGAGCAUCUCCGACGCAUUUCAUCCCAAGAAACUCAUGUUCAUUAUUGCAGUAACACUAUUCAAAAUAAAAUUAUCACUUUGAUGGGAUCAAGUGUUAAAAACACAAUAUUAGAUCGUGCCAGGCAAGCAAAAUACUACAGUAUAAUUUUAGAUUGUACUCCUGAUUUGAGUCACACAGAACAACUUUCUGUUACAAUACGAUUUGUCGAUGUAUCCAGUGAUGUGUCCUCCAAAGAACAUUUCAUUACUUUUCGAGCAGUUCAUGAAUCGUCUGGUCAGUCCUUGUUUGAUAUAAUUUUAAAGGUAUUAGAAGAACUCAAUUUGGAUAUUAAAGAUUGCAGAGGACAAGGCUACGAUAAUGGGUCCAACAUGAAAGGAAAGAAUAAAGGUGUUCAAUCUCGUAUCCUUCAAAUUAAUCCAAGAGCUUUCUUCAUGCCUUGCGGUUGUCACAGUUUAAAUUUAGUUAUUAGUGAUUGUGCAACUUCUUGUACCGAGUCUGUUAGUUUUUUCGGAGUUAUUCAAAAAAUUUACACACUCUUUUCAGCUUCUGUUGGAAGGUGGAAAAUAUUAACUGAUACUGUGCCAGCUUUUACAGUAAAACCACUUUGUACAACCCGGUGGGAGAGUCGUAUCGAGUGUUUAAAGCCGUUGCGCUACCAAGUUAUUGAAAUACAUGAUGCUCUGCUAACAUUAAGUGAACACGGUUCCUCUGAUCCUGCAAUUAAGCAUGAAGCGCAAACCCUCGCGUCACAAUUAUGCGAUUACAAUUUCCUUGUUAUGCUCGUUAUCUGGUACGAUAUUUUGUUUCGUAUCAAUAUUGUGAGUAAAUCUAUGCAAUCAAAUACAAUGGACCUCGGAUCCGCCGUUUCGCUCAUGGAAUCUUGUGCCGAAUAUAUAGAAAAUUAUCGACUUAAUGGAUUUACUAAAGCGUUAGUAGAUGCAAAGGAACUUGCUAAAAGUUUAGAUGUAGAUCCCAUAUUUGUGCAGAAACGAGUAAAUCGAAAAAAACGCAUGUUUAAUUACGAACAUAGUGAUGAAACCAUGUCUGAUCCUCAAAAUCUUUUUAAAACAAAGAUUUUUUACGUUAUAUUAGAUACUGCAAUAACAUCACUCAAAGAAAGAUUUAAACAACUCAAGGAAUUCCAAGAUACUUGGUUCUUCUUGUUUGAUAUAAGUAAGUUACCCGAAAUAGAAGAGUUGAAAAAGUGUUGUUCCAACCUUGAAGAUAAACUCAGACACGGGAAUAAUUAUGACAUCCUCGGAAAUGAAUUAUAUGACGAGUUGCAAUCUACUAGUAGUUUAAUCUCAAAAAAUAUUCAUGAUCCAUUGAAUGUUCUUAAAUUCAUAAAUCAAAACAACCUGCAAUCGGUUUUGCCAAAUCUUUGGACGGCAUUGCGAAUAUUACUGACUAUACCUAUCACAGUUGCAAGUGGAGAACGCAGUUUUAGCAAAUUAAAGUUAAUUAAAACCUAUUUGCGUACAUCCACAAGUGAUGGCCGUUUAAGUGUACUAGCGAUAUUAUCAAUUGAGAACGAGAUUACUCAAAAAAUAGACCUUGCUAAAGUUAUAAAAAGUCUAUCGGAUUUAAAAGCACGAAAAAAAUCAUUUUGA